UCGUGAAUGUAGUGAUAAAGAUAAAAGUGAUAAGAGCAAAUUAGCAUUAUUUACAACUACCGCCGUCGUUUUCGUUGGAAAAAUAGGUCGAGAAAGUGAAAAACCGUGGGAAACUGCGCUCAGAUUCACGAAACGAACGAUCGAGGACGAGAGAAACCGCGAAAAAGGAUUCUACAUUUCCGUUUCCUUUACCCUAAAAGAAUCCUUCUACAGCUCCGGGAACCACUCAACCAACUCACCAUCGACCUUAGAGAGUACAGAAAUCUGUAGUCAUUCGUCAUCACUGCAAGGACUCCUGCAAUUACCCUUCGGAUACCCCUUUCUACUAACAAAUGGAAUACAGCGUCUGACCCUCGGAACACUUGGAGGCCGAGUUCGUUUUGUUUUAAUAGAUUUCGUAACGUGAGGAUGAACCGUAGCAUCGGCGAGUGUGAGGUGUGUGGGCUGGAUUCGUUUACUCUGGAUGCCGGAUUCUACUACUGCGAUGAGUGCGGUACAAAGUUGGCCGUUAAGUGCGAGACCGUGGUCGAUGCUGUAGCCGGCAACGAUGACGUGCAGCACGACGUAACGAAAACAGAGACGAAACAUGAAAUCAGUAGCUGGGAGCAGUUGAACUACAUACUGCACGGUCUAACCGAGCGGCUAAUCGAAUUGGGCGCCCCCGCGGAAUUGAAGAGAUCGGUUCUUCAAAUCUGGUGUGCCUAUUUACAGAAGGCGGAGAUCGCGUUCUUCGACAAACGCAAACACUCGCGACCUCGAAUCACUCUGCUAAAUCAGCCGAACGAUUUAAAACUCAUCUUUAACCGAUCUGUGGAGCGUACCAAAACGGAAUCGACAAAGAAAAAAGCUAAUGCAGAGAUAAGCGAGAAGACGCGCAAACGGAAACUGGCCCAACAGCUAAUCGAAGAAGAACACAGUUUGCAGCUGCUGAGCCAGCAAUCCGACCUGAGCUCUACACUGGAUAGCCUCUCGCAGCAGAGUACGAUCAAUGAUUCGAAAAAGCCGCUUCCGGGACGAUUCAACAAGCGUGCUCGCAAACGAUUAUUGGAUGAGCUGCGCAUCGACGAAGAGCACGUGAUAUGGCACGAGCGGGAAGCGCCAAUGAAUUCAACCUGCCACUCAAUAUCGAGCUCAAUAUUAACCAACCGAGUUUCGCGAGGACCCGUCUUCUCGGCCAAUGAUAUGACGAGAAUGAACCGACGCUCGGUGCUGUUGGCUAUUUUGGCUCUCGGUCUCAACCAGGUCGGUAGCAUCAUUAUGAUAAGUGACCUCUGGCGAUGGUGCGAGGAAGGACAUCUUUAUUUCCACGACAUUAGGCGCUACUUACCGGAUACCAUCGACCCUGAGUCGUACGCUGAGACCAUUUUUCACCUAGCGAGAUACCAUUGUUCCGAAGAGGAAGUAAGAAGAUUGGCAAACCGUUUGGUUCGCAAGUUAUCGAUUGUACCCCGUCGACCCGAUCUAGCGGCACUCUGCUUGCGCUAUUUAGGCGAAUUGGCACUGCCAUACGAUUUGAUGUCUUGCAUAACGAAACUCAUUGCGAUCAACCCUCCGAGAUGGGAUUCUAGCAGCUGGAAGCCAUCGUCCUUGCCUAACUACGAGAUAUCGGCCAUGCAGUAUAUUUUAUGUGCGAUGAAGCUGCUGUUCGCACUAGAUGGUGCGACUGAGGACAAACUGGAUACCGCUACAAAGAAGCUUAAUGAUCUGUUGUUACCACCGGGUCCCGGCAAGCACAAAGCGCUCUUUGUGUGGGGUGAAUGGCAACGGUACGUUGCUAUGCGGCGCAUCAUCCUCGAACAAAUGCACUUCCCGACGCACUACUCGCAGGUUCAGAUGAUCAACGGUAAACCAGCGUUCGAUUCGGAAAUGUUUGUCGACUUUAUGGAGUCCAUGGUAGUGUCCGACGAGUAUGAAACUUCCGGUUACCGAUCGAACAACAAAAAUGGUCCAACCUGGGAGCGGCGGUUAAGCAACUUGAACUCCAUUAUAUCCCCGCUCGCUGACAACCACCGUAAGGCUGGCGUGUCUAGGUCGUCCAACAGCACGUCGUUACGACAUUUCGAGUUCGAUCCUAGUCUGCAGCCACGGCGUUCGUAUCUGAAAGAGAUUCUAGCAAUGGAUGCAACUGAGCGAGCCUCCGUCUACAUUCCGGAGUAUAUGUGGACAGAUCACAGCGAACGGGUGGUUGCACCAUUCGUGAACCCAAUGCCGCUUAAAAGGUACCUCCUGAGCCAGUGUAAGGUUCGAUUAGUAACAAAACGAACUAAACUUAGCAUUGAGCACAUCCAGAUGGAGAAGUAUUGUUCAACCGAGAAUAGAAUCGAUAGAUUCAUUAGAAGGCACAGUCUCAUGGAAGUUCUAUUAACUAACUGCGACGACGACAAUGACGACGGCGGCAACGACGACGGUGACAAUGAUGAUCCGUCCAUUGCCGAAAGAAAAGAUAUUUUAGAGUAUCUCGAAGAGCGCAUCACAGCAAAGCAGCAAAAUAGGGAUGAGUUGCUGCGCCAUGUGCUUCACCGCAAUGUGAUAAACGAUCUGGGACUCGCGUACAGUUUAACAGCAACUGGCGAUAACGAACAGGAUGCGCAUGCUGUUAAUCCAUUCGAAGGCAAUCCACCGUUGCUCGAAACGCUUGACGGAGAGGAAACUUGCGCUAGUAAGGUUCACAUUUCGCUGCCCAACUACCACUACUGGACGCGAAAUGGAAGUUACGAUAUACUAUACCACGAUAAUGGAGUGGAGCAGUAUUUGAGUGGCCUUCCUGCCAGCUUUCGAUUUUUAUUAAAAGAAGCCGCCACCGUCACGUGUUCCUCGGUAUGUGAACUCUACCACGGACUCCGUCAGCUAGAACAACGCAUUUUUCAGUUGUACGAUGAAAUAAAGUAG